UACAACGUUCUUCUUCCCAUGUUUUCCCACUGUCGAUUUCUCGGCAUAACGAGGUAAGCCAUUGCUUUACAUCAUCAUCCUUCAGGGCCUCUCCCAUUUUUUCAGCCAUUUUAGUGGGUAUUUUUAGAGUGAGGAAAGCCUGCUAUUAAAUUUAAAAUUGCAACAUACCAUAACAAAAGCCUUAUGAGAAGUUGCAGAUUUGCUAAGCUGCAGCUAUAUCGCAGCAACACUCUGUUGUUUUAAAAAUAUGUAGAAGGCAAAGAAAUACAAGCCCUGGUUAACACCACUCCCCACCAAAACAGUGUAAAGGAUGCAUUUUUCCUGCUACAAUGAUGUUUCAGCAGUGUGUUAUCUCAUCAUGUGAAGAUGCCCCUGGAGACACCAGGAAUUGAACCUGGGUUCUUUUGCAUUACCAGGGGUGGCCAAACUGAGGCUUGGGAGCAGCAUGCAGCUCUUUGAAUUCAUUUUGCAGCUCACCACUCGCUGCUGUGGGCACCCAUGGGCGCCCAAUCGCCACUUGCCACCCACUGCUGCCGCCAACGCGUGUCCACUUGCAGCUCUCAAACACCUGACAUUUACUGUAUGUGGCUCUUCCUUUGAGCAAGUCUUGCCACUGCUGGCAUAUACUCUACUGAGCCUUCGGCCCUUUACAAGCCCUUAUGAUAGAUUACAUUUAUUGUUUGCAUCUUAUUUUUUAAAUUUUAAGUAGUGUACUGUAAUGCAAUGGGAACUUGAGAAUUAGUGAAUGAACCUGAUAGGACAAAAAAACAAGAAAUAGUGUACAAAACAAUGCCAGGUAUUGAUCUACUAUCAUUGUGUUGUGGGAUCUACAGCUUUAUUGUGUGUUUUAAGUGUUUGCUUACUUUCAGUAGGCUCUAUUCAUUGAAAGGAAAUUCAACCAUGAAGUGCUACCUUCUUCGGGAAAUGGAGAGUGUAUGAACCGUGCCAGGAAUGCAACAGCCUUUUCUCAGAGACAAGCUGUGAGCUGCCUCUGUUUAAAUGGAAACCACUUCUGAGAGAUGGAUAGUCUCUACUGAUGUAGACUUUGCAUAGCAGCUGUACCAUCUCAGGAGACUGCAAUGAGUGGAGGAGGGGAACAGCCAGAUAUCCUUGGUGUGGGAAUAUUGGUCAAAGAAAGAUGGAAAGUGCUGAAAAAGAUUGGAGGUGGAGGUUUUGGCGAAAUAUACGAUGCUGUGGACAUGCUUACCCGAGAGAACGUUGCACUAAAAGUCGAGUCAGCUCAGCAACCAAAGCAAGUUCUUAAAAUGGAAGUAGCUGUUUUGAAAAAGCUGCAAGGGAAGGAUCAUGUCUGUAAGUUUGUUGGCUGUGGAAGGAAUGACAGAUUUAACUAUGUGGUCAUGCAAUUGCAGGGCCGGAACUUGGCAGAUCUGCGUCGAAGCCAGACUAGGGGGACCUUCUCAAUUAGUACUACUUUAUGCCUUGGCAAGCAAAUUCUGGAAUCUAUUGAAAGCAUUCAUUCUGUGGGUUUUUUACACAGAGAUAUUAAACCAUCCAACUUUGCUAUGGGACGCUUUCCAAGCACCUGGAGGAAGUGUUACAUGUUGGAUUUUGGCUUGGCACGUCAGUUUACAAAUUCAUGCGGGGAUGUCAGACCACCCCGAGCUGUUGCUGGUUUUAGAGGGACAGUGCGAUAUGCAUCAGUCAAUGCUCAUAGGAACAGAGAAAUGGGACGUCAUGAUGACCUCUGGUCAUUGUUUUACAUGUUGGUAGAAUUUGUGGUUGGACAACUGCCCUGGAGGAAAAUUAAAGACAAGGAGCAAGUGGGCUCCAUAAAAGAGAGAUAUGACCACCGGUUGAUGCUAAAACAUCUCCCUCAGGAAUUUAACAUCUUUCUGGAUCACAUUUCUACUUUAGAUUAUUUUACCAAACCUGAUUACCAGCUUCUCAUGUCCGUCUUUGACAACAGCAUGAAGACUUUUGGAGUGAAUGAGAGUGACCUAUUUGACUGGGAAAAGAGUGGAGCUGAUGGUUUUCUGACUACCACCACCACUUCAGCUACUCCUCAGCUGCACACUCGACUGACACCAGCUGCCAUAGGAAUUGCUAAUGCCACACCAAUACCAGGAGAUUUGUUGCGAGAGAAUACAGAUGAAGUGUUUCCAGAUGAGCAGCUUAGUGAUGGUGAGAAUGGUAUUCCUGUUGGAAUCUCUCCAGAAAAGUUACCAGAAUCUCCUGGACAUCGUCCUCAGGAAAAGGAUGUGUGGGAAGAAAUGGAUGCAAACAGAAAUAAAAUAAAACUAGGUGUCCAUAAAGCUGCUACAGAAGAGGAAAACAGCCAUGGGCCAGUUAAUGGCAUGCUUAAUGCCCCAAGCCUUGGUUCGCCAAUUAGAGUCCGCUCAGAGACCACACAGCCAGAUCGGGAUGUCCCUCUAGUGCGGAAGCUACGAUCAAUUCACAGUUUUGAGCUGGAGAAACGCCUGAUGUUGGAGUCAAAGCCAGAUACUGAUAAAUUUCUGGAAAUCUGCAUGGAGAAGAAGAAGAGGGAGCUGAAUGCUGGCAUUGAAUCUGCUGUUGCAGCUUCACAGAAAACACCUGUGCCUGCUGCUUCCUCCUGUCAUGAGCAUAUUUGGCACUAUGAUGAAGAAUAUUUACCUGAAGCUUCCAAACCUGUUUCUGGAAGCUCUCCAGAACAGGGUGAUGGUGGUGUUAGCAAUGGAUAUGUAGCUGUCCACUUGAGCUCCUGCCAUCAGGAAGUUGACUCAAAGGAAUGGGUGAUAGUCGAUAAGGAACGAGACCUUCAGGAUUUCAGAACUAAUGUAGUUGUGGGACAUAAAACAACUGGAAGUCCUUCUGAUGAGGAGCCGGAGGUACUUCAAGUCCUUGAGGAAUCCCCACAGGACGAUAACUUUAAAGUUCAUACCGAGAAUGUAGCUGUGGGAGCCGCCUUGGAUCUAGGUGUUGAGUGUUGUGGCAUUGCAACUUCUGAACCUUAUACAGAUCAACUAGAACUUCCAGUUGGAACAGCUGGCCAUCUUCUUGCCAUCACACCUACAAGCCUAAUGGAGGCCCAAGCAGAAGGGGCACUUACUCCAGUUACAAUACCCAGACCAUCAAUGGCAUCCACACAGUCUGCUUCUGAGAGUCUUCAUUAUGGUCAGCAGCUAGACAAGAAAGACCGGUUUAAAGAACAUGUAGAACUUUCCUCUCCUAAGGAAAACCUACCUGGCUCAGUGGUAGCAAAUGAUGCACUAAUUCUUAGUGGCAGUAGAACAGAUUUAGUCCUCAAAUUAGACCAUAAACUGGAAACUCAUGCAAAAGAAAGCUAUGUUGAAGAAAAUGUUGGAAUCCAAGAUCAUAACCAGGCAAAACUACUUGACCAACACAUGAAAAAGCAAGAAGAGGGAGAACUUGUGAAUCACUUUGAAGUAGAAGACAAGCAACAUUCCAUUCCUUGUGAAGAUGCAAUUGAAAUAGAGACUAAAGGAUCAUGUUUAACAGCUCCAGGAAACACAGAAUCUUUGUUGGAUGGCCCUCAAGCCCUUACAGAACCAGAAGAACUGAGACCAGUGAUUUCCUGCUCACUGCCAAUUCAGGAUGUAAAACAGGAGUUACUGAAGCAGUCAGCAGCUGAAACAUCAGAUGUUUCUUUGUCAAGAAGUACUGACCCAUUUGCUCAUAAACAGGAAAAUCAAGUAGCAACAGAGCAAGGAAAUGGUUUCCAUGUUGAUGGUGGAGAUAUUGAUCAUGCUGAAGAACUGAAGUGCCAACAAGUGAAUGUUGCCACCUGUUUGCACCAAGAGGUGAAAGAAGAGGAAAAUAUUCAAAGAAAUGGUGAACUGUUCCAUUCCAUUUCAGAGAAUGAGAAUUCUAAUCAGUCUAAAAAGGAGUUAGCUAGGUUACCAUUUGUGGCUAGACAGAGUCGCAUUCCAGUUUUAGCGCAAGAGAUAGACUCCUUAUCUGAGACUUCUGCUGUUUCAGCAAAGGAAAAGCUGCUUCUGAAAAAGGCCCACCAAACAGACCUGGUUAGGCUACUGGUAGAAAAGAGACAGCUCAAAUCUUUCCUUGGUGACCUCUCAAGUGCCUCUGACAAGUCACUGAAAGAAAAGGCUGCUGGUCCCAUACCACUUUCUGAAGAUGUGUUGUCUUCCUUUUCCAAGCUAACAUUGGACACUCAUUUACAUAACCAGGUGGAGGAGAGCUUUUUGUCACCAAGCAGUCCCCAGUCCAGAAAGAGCAAAAUUCCAAGACCAGUAUCUUGGACUACCACAGAUCAUGUUAGCAGUUCAAACUCUGCUCAAUUUUUUCCUCGACCACCACCCGGAAGACCUCCAACAAGGCCUGGAGUAGAAGCCAGGUUGCGCAGGUACAAAGUGUUAGGAAGUAGCAGCUCUGAUUCAGACCUGAUCUCUCGUCUGGCUCAAAUCCUUCAGAAUGGAUCUCAAAAGCCACGGAGCUCUUCUCAGUGUAAGAGUCCAGGAUCUCCGCAUAGUCCCAAAACACCACCCAAAAGCCCAGUCAUCCCUAGACGCAGUCCCAGUGCCUCCCCUAGAAGCUCGUCUUUGCCCCGUACUGCCAGCUCCUCACCAUCUCGGAGUGGGCGACCCCACCAUGACCAGAGGAGUUCGUCUCCACAUCUUGGAAGGAGUAAGUCACCUCCUAGUCUUUCAGGUUCUUCAUCAUCCAGGAGAUCCUGCCAACAAGAGCACUGCUACAACAAGUCUAGCAAGAAUGGUCUGAAAGGAUCUAGUGGCUCUUGCCAUCACUCCUCUAACAUUAAAUCUCCCACAGGGAAGAGCAAAUCAGCCAGUAAACUUAGCAGAUAGGAACUGAAUCUUAUCAGGUGUCAAACCCCUCCUUAAACUGAUGCAUGUCGUGUCUGUGUACUGUAUAUUUAAACAAAGAAAACAUCUUCAAAAAAAUCAGUGUUCAUCCUGACUUUAAAAAAACAACAACUCUAAGAGAAAUUAUUGAUAAGGCCCACUUUAUAUGAGUGGCCAGGCAUUGCCUAAGAACAGGCAGCAAGCAGAUAAGGGAGGCUAGAGGGCAGGGAUGGAGCAUCCAGAAAGUCCAAGGUGUGUGAAAGAUUCAGAACAAACAUUGUCUUGGAGGUGAGUGCUUUUCAUAAGUUUUUAGCUUUUUAUUUUCUAAGAAAACACGGCCUACUUUAGCCCAUUUCUUGAGGAAAGUUAUAAAACCUGAAACAACUUCAGUUUCAUUAUGACACCAUUAUGUCUGAGGUACUGCUCGGCUGUGUGUUUGUAGAGCUUUUAGAAAGCACAUUAUUUGGAACAGCAAUAUUCCUAAAUGUCUCUUUUUCAGUGUUGGGCUUCACACAUUGUUUUCAAGUUGCUCACUGCCCAUGUCCCUUCAUGGCUUAUACUUCUCCCCUUAAAGCAACAACAACAAAUCAACUUCCAUGCUGCACUUCUUAUAAUACUUUAUACUUAAUACGAGCUGCAUCUUUAUGGAGACUGCAUAUUAGUCCACUGUAAAUGUAAAAAUAUUUAUGUAAUUGCUCAUGGGAUUUCGGGCAUGAAUUUUAAAGAGUUUCAGGAAAGGAUUGUUGUGUACAGUGUUCACAGAUCCUGAACAUUCUGCUAGCUGCUGUUCAGAUCAUAAUCAUUGGACAGCUUGAUCACUUACCUAUAUGUUGUUUUCUGGAGCCAAGGUUUUUUCCUCAAGAUUUCCAUCUUAUAGUACAUGAAGGGUCUGGAGAUAAUGAUCACGGCAUGAGAGGAAGAAAAACUGAAGAGUUUGGACUUUAGAACAUCCCUAUAUAUACAAAGAUUUGUUAGAGUGCAAUAGCUUCUCAGGGUACAAAAAGAGAGCCACUGUUAAAGCUGACCAGAAUUCACCCAUUUGGGGUGAGGUGCUUAGUCCAUUUAACUUUAUUCACAAUGUCCCUCUCCAGUGUAAUCAUACUGAAGAAGGGCAGAAAUGUUUGCACACUUAGACCUCUUACUUGAGAAUUUAACCUAAAUCUAGAAGAAAGAUGAAGCUUUAAUCUUCAAAAAUGACUGCAGAACCUGUAUGUGUAGUUUAGAAAGAACCAAUGGUUCCUUUAUUUUGUUUAGAAUCUUGGAGAUACUACUUGACAGUGAAUCUAAUAGGGUGCAAUCACAAGGCUGUUUCUCAUAUCUUAAUGUCCCUAAUUUUAUAUUGUAUGGAAAGAAUAUGUGUAAGUGCCCAUUUCCCAAUAUAUGGCUACAGAACAUCUGAUAAGGCAGUCCUACAUGUAUAUCUAGCAGGUGGAAGCCAGGUCCUUUAUAAGUUUCCCUAUAAUGCAAGUGUAAAUAUUUCCAUACGCAAAAGAAUUAUUGUGCUUAGGGACAUAAAGCAUGGAGAACAGCACACAGAAAAUCCAUGCUUAAGGCUUGUCUUUCAUUUCCCUGAAGUGUUAGUCUCUGAAUAAGGUGAAUGGCUUCUAGUUUUCUCAAUCUUUUUUAAUGGUGUGACACUUAGAGGAAUAACUUCCCUUAGUAGAUUUUGAAAUCAAUGUUAGGUUGGAAGAGUAAAACAAGAAUGUUUUAAAAUGGAUACAGCCAGUUUUCUCAAUGGACACUUAUUCUAGAGAACAAUUAAUAUGGGGGAACUUUGGAAAUUAUUGAUCUGCUUGCUGUAGUCAUAUGCCUGUAACCAGCAUAAAUUAUUUUUAACUUUGUUUUAUUUAACUUAAUUUGCUGCCAAAAUAGUAUCUUUGGAUGGAAAAGGGAAUAUUUUCUCUCUGAGCUAACACAUUUCUAAUGCUGCAUUGAAGCUGCACUGAAUUUCUCUUGUUCUGUGAGAACGUGUUGGAAUUUUAAAACUUUUAAAUGUGUGUUUUGUUUCCCAUAAGUAAUGUAGCACAGUGUGGAACCAUAGCCUCAUUCAGGUUUCAGGCACUACAGAGAAAUGCAAUAGUGAGAGCAUACUGCUGUUUCUUGAGAAACUGUAUGAUUUAAAAUACCUAUUCCAUUGUAUUAUAUUGUAUAAUAGGUGCUAUACCAAUAAUUGCAUGUUCUCAUGGUAAAAAUAUAAAUAUUUAUAAAUAUAUAUACAUAUGCUUCUAUAUGCUUGCCUAAUUCUCUCAUUUCCAUUUGUAACAUUACAGACCACAGACAAUACAGUGCUCUUUCAGUUGUGUGCCUGAAUUAAAUACCUUUAGCCUUGCUGCUCCCAUUUCCUGGCAUGCACAAAGCUGAAUAUUCUUCAUGCCACCAUUCAGGACACAAGGGUUGCUGAUUGCCUCUGCAACUUAGUGUUUAGUAUCAGCUUUGCCACUUCAGAAUUGCUGAAUGAAAUGAAAAGAAUUGGAGAAAUCAUAUAUUUGAUGGCCAAGUAGGAUGUAUGUACUUGAUUUUGUCCAUACAUCAUUUCAUCCCAUCUUGAUAUAAUUUCACAUUUAAUUGUUCCCCAUGAUACUGAGCACUAAGUAAUAAUAAAUAGAUCACUAUGAUAUAAAGAAGACUAGAUUUCCUUUUUAUCUUUGCCUUGUCUAGUCUCUCUCUUUCCCUUUCCUGACUGCUUUGAGAAACUACUUAGGCGUCUGAUUUUUUCCCCGAGGCUGCAAUGCAACCGUUCUGCUUUUCUCAUAUUAUCAAAUUUACCUGCAAGUAAGUAAGUUAUUCCAGUAGAGUGCUUGGAAUAUUCUCCCUAACUAGUUCCCUUUUGAAAUAGUAUGUGUUUCCAGGGUGAUUUUACCUGAACCAAACAUAUGAUAGAGGUAUAUUAUUUAGGGGUAACUGCCUUGAAAUUGUAAAGCUCUAUGAAUUCUUCAUAUUCAUAUUUCUCUGAGGCAUUUAAGGGUAUCAUUUCAUCUGGCUUCUAAUGUCCAGAAAACACUUUACUUCUUUUCUUAUAACCUUUUCAAACUACUUGCAAUAUCUUCAGUUUUUGUAUUCAGAAGAGCCCCAGAGGAAGUUCACAACAUGUCCAGAGCAUCAGUGUUAUAAAAACAGUUCCCCAUUUCAUGUAAAGUGAUGCCUAUCCCAAAGAUUUAUUUUCAUGCUUUGCUGUCAGGGACAGAAUGUAGCUAUCCUAUGCAUUGACUUAACAAGAAUGUAAAAAUACUGUCAUCCAUUCCUUUUACAUCUGGUAUAUGUAUUCUGAAAUUAAUGUUCAAACUACUUUCUGUUGAAAUGCACUUGUAUUUCUUUCCCUAUUGUACAAAGGUAGAGACAUGCACCAGACUAGGUGACAAUUGUGAAAAGCACUGGUUGAUUGUGUGUGUGUGUGUGUGUGUGAUGCAGUGACUGGAAAAAUGGUUUCUGGGGUUGUCACUCUGUCAAGAGUUACUAAUGAAGCUUUAAAAUAGUAUUCUAUCUUUAAUCAGUGGUUUUGUUUCUCAGUCUGUUACAUUGAUUUUUCCACAACCUUUAACAUCCAAAAAUGAACCAAAAAGGUAUUGUGAAUUAAUCUUGAUUAAAAUAACUUGAGCUACAUAGUGCUCAAGCAAAUUGUAAUUUCAUGGGAUUGAUAAGAAUGCAUCAAUUGAUGUUGAAAAAUGAAUUCCACAUUUGGGCAGACAGAAUUAUUAUGCAUAGUUGGAGUUGAAUCAGAAUAAACAUGACUAAAUUCUUAAACAGCUUGAGGCAGGAAGACUUGCACAAUUCUUGUACAGGCUGCAAACAUAAAUAUGAACACUAAGCCAAUGAAACUUGACAGGAACAUCCUGCACCCUUCUUCAGACCUCCUUUUUGCUCCUGAAGAGAAUGCUACUUAACAGUAAUGACAAGGGUAAUAGAUACUCAGUGUAUAUGUUACUGAAACCAUUGCUAUUCUUCUGAAAACUCUUGAUUCCACUUCUCUUUGGGGCCAACUACAUCAUCCUGGAGAUUUGAGUAAAAAUCCAAAAUUGAUCCUUGCUAAACUAUUAGUUGCAGCAUUUCUGCAGUUUUAAAAAGUGUAUAAUUUUGGGACUGCUAUCUUACAGUGUGAAGUUCACACUUUUAAAAAUGUGAUUCCAUAUUGAUGUGGAAUCAUAGAAUUAGGGAGAUAUUGCAGGCAAGCAAUGAGGUCUGCAGGGGUAUUGGAGGAAUGCUAGUCACAAAACCGGCUCUUGCCUCAUGUUACAGGUACAGUGUAACUUUUCUACACGGAAAGGGGAGGCAGCUAGAAACUAUACCCUUUGUAGCAUCUUUGCAGGGUAAACAUAAGCUAAACAGUUCCUUAAUAAUAAUCUUAACUAUAACAAGAAAAUGUUGAACUCUGAAUAUAGCCUUAAAUUCAGGUUACCUUUAAUUGGACAGUGCAAUAAAGUUAUGUGGAAAAGAUUGGAUGUUACCUUUUUGAGGCAGUCUUUGCAGAACCUCUUUUUUGGCAAGUAUAACAUUCUAAUUCUAGCUAUUACUCCUUAUAAUUUGAAAAUUGUAUAUUUCUCUAAUGGCUUCAAACGUAAUUGCUCCCUGAAAUAAAUAUAAGCAAUUCCUGAUUUGUCCACAGUAGUAAUCCCUCCGUAAAACAGUUGCAAAGCUGUUUCCAGAAGGCAAAGGACAUAAUUCUAAUACCAUCACUGUGGUACUGAAUAUAGGCCAAUACUUUAUUUAUCUUGAGAGUAUAAAAUAACUGUGCCUGCAUUUUAAAAUGCAUUCUUUUAAAUUAGCUAACAUAUUUUUGCACAUUUUCUUUUAUUUCAUAAAGUGAACCUUCUACAACUAGUAAAAUUAAUAGUCAUAGGAAAACUAGUCUAUAGCUAAAGGGGACCUCCCCCCACCAACUUGUUUUUAACAGGCUCAGUCAUGCAAAACAUGGAACAGAGCACCACCACCCCUUGUUGAUGCUCAUGAUGAAUCAAGCUAGUGAGCAUUUUGCUGGUAUGUACCACCAUUAUACUACUGUCCUCAAAUCAGUAUACUGCUACGCUUUCUUUUGUAUUCAUGAUCCUUCAUGUUUCACAUUAAAGGCAGCUUCAGUGUUUCAGGCUAUCUGUAAAACAUUGUGCCAUGUUUGCAAAGAGAAUGGAUAAUCUGGAAACCUCCUUUUAGCCAUAGUCUUAGGCAUAUUGUACUGACUGCCCACCCUAGCAGCUUUUCAUUAAUAUAGGAAUGUAGCCAGAGGAUCCCGUGCAAUCCCCAGCUUCCUGCUUUCUGUAUUAGUGUAAAAAUGUAGACUUGGAAGGAGAAUGACUUUAGAAAAGUGUGUGCAGAGGUGCUUAGGGCAUACUCUCAUCUGAAGAUUCUGGGAGUUGCAUCAAUGCAUGGGGUGGGGGUAAUUGAGCAAAUUUCAUCCUCUUUUCCUCUUUCAUUUUUGCUUUCUUUAAGGAUCAGGCGGUAAUUCUUGAGUGACUGGUCCCUUAACUAUUUGAGGGGUGCCUAUAACUUUCUGAAAUGUUAGGAUGGUGCCUAAUCUCUUCCUUUGUCUCAAAGAAAAGGCAAGGAAAUUCAGAAAGCAAGCUUCCAUGUCUUUUGUUGUUGCUUGUGCAAUUUUUUUAUUUUACCAUGUAGUCCUUUCAGUAAAACAGGUUAUUUGGAUGAGUGGGCAUAAGCCUUAAACCAUGUAUGUGGUACACUUAGUAUGAUAAAUUGAUAAAUAUGUGUAUAAACAGAGAUAUGUGUGUAUCAGAGCUUUCUCUGAGUUUUAGCCUUCCAUGUUAGAGGAACUUUCCCCCAUUUGCCCUAUUGUUUUCUAAAAAACAAGCAAAUUGAGCAAGACUGAAUACUAAAAACUCAGAUUACAAGAUCUUUUGCUUGUUUGUGUUGAUUAUAACAUAUUUAUAUAAUUAUAAAUCACAGCAGGCUGUGUGUGUGUGUGUAUGUAUGUAUAUAUGUAUAAAGUAUUAUAUGUUAGUCUUGCUUUUUCAAUUGGUGAAUGCUUCAUUACUUCAUUUAAGCAAUUUUGGUCUCUGUUCUAUCUGUAGUAACGAAGUAUCUAUUAAAAUAAAGGCCAAAUCCCUAGUGCUAGAAAGUCUCUCAAUUAGCUUCUGCAGUUUUAGGCUAGCAGCUUGCUUUUUAUGAGCUCUACUCAGCUUGGUUGUAAAUAACUUAAAGAAAUAGAUUUCUUUCCUUUUGCAAUAACUGGUCGUAAGGACAUGUUUUAUUUAGAAAGUUAAUUGAUAUGAAACAGAGUGCGAAUCUGAGUUGUGAUCCACUCUGUUCUAAUUAAAACCUUCAUACUUCACUGAGUUCAGGAAUUGGGGUAACAGAUCGCAGGUCAUCUUUGAUUAGUACUAAAGAUAGCAGUGCAACCAUGGAGUAUGCUUUAACUUUAGUGCUCAUUAAACAAAAUAGAUUCAUCAGACAUUUAAACAUGUCAAGAUUUAAGAAUUUCAUUCCUUGUAUCUUCGGUGAAAUUGUUACUUCAGAAUUGUUGUGUGUUCCAAAUUUGGAAUUUAUAUUUUCUGCUGGACACUUCUGUGUGAUUUUCUGAGGCCAAAAAAUAUUUUUAAAUGGUGGCAAAUAAAUGAUGAUGGUUGUUCCAACUUGCCAUUUGGCCAUCAGUGGAGGGGGUUGCCACUGGUGGUGACACAAGAGACUGCACUGAAAUUGCUUUGUUGGGUUUGGACAAAACAACAUCCUAUCAUGCCAUGGCUUUUUCCUAAAAUUAUAAAUGGUUUGGGUUUGGACAACACAAUCUACCAUGGCUAGUUACUCAUGAUGGGGUGCCAUGUCAUGGAAACCCAGUUAUUGGGUUGAAUCCAGUUUCAUUCCACAGGUAGGGAGCCACUCAGAAAGCUGUCAGAAAGGGGAGAAGGAACAAUUUUUGUCAGUUCCAUCUUCAUACCUCAGUGCCCACAUUUCCAGGACAUCUUCAACCCUGCAAAGCAUAUUUUCAGGGUGGGCAGUGGGAAGGAAUAAUCACUUCCAGCUUUGUUUUUCCAGUGAAAAGGCUAAAACCUUAUGCUGAAAGGAACUUUUUGGUCCUCAGGAAGUUAAUGCUGGAGUCUACCUAUUGUACUCUCUCGACAUAAUUCCCCAUGGCACUAGCCAAAUUAUUGCCUAUAAAAGGACUUAAGGAAUGAGCCUCAAGAUAGGAAGGUUUAUCAGGAUUUAUCUCAUAAAAUAUGCAAAGAUGCCUUUUAUGAUGUUCACAUAAAGUGUUUUCUCCCAGCUUAUUAUAAUUAUUGCUGUGCUCAGGAAGUUAUUUUCUGCAGCCAAGAAUGUAAAUCACCUUUGUCCAGUCCAGAGCAGAAAUGUAAGUGGCGAACGCACAAAUAUUUCAUUGGGAAUUGUGUGUUGAAUUGAAUGUGUGUUUAAAUAUCAUUUCAGUUUCUGUUUCCAAGAUGCAAAGUACCACUGAAGUCUUCUCAGAUCUGUGGAUCAGGAGAUGUUUCAGUGGGGUUAACUCAUAUGUAGCAGAAUAAAUUCAAUGGUGCCUUGCUCGAUAGCAAGGUGCCUUGUAAAAUGGCAUUUUGCAUAGGUAUUCACAUCCUCCAGAAGAACAGUAUUAUGCAUCUAGGUGGUCCUCCAGCCUCUACUGCCUGCUGUUUCUUAGUGGCCAGAGAGCAUGUUUUUGAAUGUCUCCCUCUAAACAUCUGCUUUCUUACUUAACUAUUAAUGCUUAAUCAUGUUUUAUAUUUGGAUUUUUUCACUAUCACAACAAGGGUACAAAGAUGAAGGAAACAAAAGAUUUGAAACAAGGACCACUGAAGUAGUUUGCUGUUACUAAUAUGAAUCUCUUAAUGCUAAAAAGGGUGAAAUAUUUCAAAAGUAGAAAAAAUGAAAUCCAUUGUUUACGCAGAAACCAUUUUAGCAUCUCAAGUAUGAUGAUGAACUUAGGUAGAAAGUUGUUUGGAAAGGUAAUUAGUAUUGUUAAAUAUUCCAAACCUUUCCCCCAUGCUAGUUUUUCAAACUUUAAAUUAGAUGUUUAUAAGUUUUACUUAGUCAUUCAAGAACAUAAGUUAUUGGCAUAGUGUUUUUGUAAUAGUCAUAUGUACAUAAAAGUGUAGUUAUUUAUUUUACCCAUUUGUAUCAUAUCAAAACUUUGUAAAUGUUUUAAGUUCUGUUUUUCAAAUUAUUUUGUAUUUUAUUUUUAUAAACUGGUUCUAAAUAAAAUCAUUCCGCAUGCAAAUUAUAACUUUGGCUAGAUUUUUCAAUUUAUUCUAUAUGGAACUUAUACCAAAAAUAAUUCCAGAAAUACUGUAAUGCAGAUCAAACAGUGAAAAGUAAUGAAAUGUGUUUAAUAAAAAAUGGAAUUUUGGAGCUGAAAAACACUAAUGCUGAUAUGUGAAA